AAAUUUCGGUAUGGUUUCUGUGUAUGUAGACCCCGGCUGAUCCUGUGCUAUUGAUUCCGCGGCGCGCAUCUUUCCCGGCGUCAUCUUGUAUUUUCGUGUGGAAGUUAUCAAAGUGGGUUGGAGGAAGCUUAUUUUUGGGAAGAUAUUGUGCUGAAAAACGAUAAGAUAUGACUCCGGAGGGUUACACAAGGGUCUACGUGGGAGGACUGAACGAAGGCAUCAAGAAGGAAGAUCUGCAGGUGGAAUUUGAGAAGUUUGGAAAGUUGAACAAGGUCUGGGUUGCCUUUAAUCCACCAGGCUUCGCAUUCAUUGAAUUCUUUAAUGAGGAUGAAGCUGAAGUAGCCUGUGACAACAUGAAUGGCACAGAGAUAAUGGGUGCAAAGUUAAGAGUAGAAAUAUCAAGAGGUCGCGGUCGUGGCGGCGGCAGAGGCGGUGGAGGAGGUUUCAGAGGAAGCCGAGGAGCUGGUGGCAGAGGAUUUGGUUCCCGUGGUCCAAGUACCGCCGGUUACAGAGGAAGCGGAUCAUACGGUGAUCGCGGUGGAAGCUACGCUGGUAGAGGUGCUACGAGUAGGGGCAGAGGCCGCUACGGAGACGACUAUUCUUCUAGCCGGAGCGGUGGUUAUGCUUCUCGUGACAGCUAUUCACGUGACAGCUACAGCACAGCCAGCGGCGAUGGCGGCGGUGACUACUAUGCCAGCAAGGACUCCGGAUCGUCGAGGUAUCGCAGCCGCUCACCGGCUGGUCGUGGCAGUCAUCGUCAUCUGCGUGAAUGCACAUAAAAGAACUGCUCUUCGUUGCCAAUCUGAACUGCGGGCCAAUCAGCCACCCGCCACGACGACUUCGUUCUGUCCAAUCUACGCAGCGACGUGUACAUAUACAUUACAAGAAUUACUAUAACGAUUUACGCUAAAGCAUAUUCUUUCGCACUCUACGAAUAACGAUUUUUAUAGACAGUCAAUCGUAUCCUUAAAAAGAUACGUCAUUCUACUUUUAGGAGUCUCUGGUGUCUCCGUGUCUCACGUGAUGACUAUUUUUUAAAAAUAUGAGCCGAGGUAUUAGCGAGAGGAAGACCGAUAUUUAAAAAAACGAAAAUUACAGAAAGACUGACAGACUACGUGGCUCCUAACUCGUAUAUUAACUGGUAAUAUGAUGAUUAGCAGCAAUUGAUUAGCGCUUUUAAAAUCCACAUUAAUUAUGGCAGAAAGCUUUGCCUUUUUUUUUUGUAUUUUGUAUUAUUUCAUUUAAUUCCAUUGAUGAUAAAUUGUAUGAUAAUUCAGUGAAAAUGAACGCGCGCAUAGCGUGACUAGAAGCCAGUAUCCCUCAGUAUGUUCUUUUUGUAUUUUUCAUUGGUUGCCUUUUUUAUGUUUUAUAAUCGAGUCAAUAAUAACGAGAUAUUCUCUUUUUUUUCGAUCCUAUGAAUAUUAUCAGCGUUUAGAGUGCGAUAAUCUAGGAUUAUCAAACACUGUGUCUUUACGUAAAAAGAAAAAUGAAAAAAAAAAAGAAAAAAAACGCCUGGCGUUUAGUUACUAUUAUUCUGUUCUAUUGAUAGCGGUGUUUCAUUUUUUUUAAAUAUAAAGAAAAUAGACGCUUGUAAUCGUGUACUAAACUACGUCUUCGUACCGAAUCUUAAAAUCCUAAUUAAUGGGAAAUCAAACUGCUGAAAUAAUGAGAAUUCCUUAUUAUGAAACGAGAAUUUAAGUUCCAUCAAGUUUCAGAUAAAAUCGAUUUGUUACGUGAGACCGUCAUAUAACGAUACCCUAAAAAACACAAGAAUUUGGCAAUGAUGUUUAACUCUUCUGUAAAUUAUUUGAGAUUGGAGUAAUAAUUAAAUAUCUUGCGCUCA